CCGAGUCUGUCAGCUAUCUCAUUUCUCCGAGCGUAGCAGCUGGUUGAGCAGCCGAAGGCCGACCCGAAGAAGGAAACUUUAACAUUUUGUGCAAAAAAUAAAAAAAAAUCGACUUUCGAUUUAAGUACCAAAAUAACGACCACACAAGAACAAUGAGCUUCGCGACAGCAAUGGAGGUCAACGUGGAAGCCCGGCGGAUCCUGGCUGUGUCGAUCAGCAAGCUGUACGCCUCUAGGAGCCAGAGAGGAGGACUGAGACUCCACCGGAGCCUCCUGCUCUCCAUGGUCAUGAGGUCCGCCCGGGACAUCUAUCACUCCUCCCGGGAGAGUGAGCAACCAAACGGGGAACAGCCGGCCACUGAGGAGCCGAUGGACACUAACUGUGACCCCAAAGAGAAAGCCCGGCUCACGCCAGACCUGGCAGACACCUCCGCUGAUAUGGCCCCAGGGGUUUCGGACAAACUAGACGAGAGCGACUGUGACAUAACGGAGGACAAAGAGAACCUGAGCCCUGCGAAGCAGUCCAGGAAGCGCCGAGGCAAGGCGUCGGCGGCGCCUGACUUCCUUCCCAGCAAGAGGGCGAGGCUGGAGCCUGGAGAGGAGCGGUACGCGGCCCCAGUGGGAAGCUGCCGAGCCGGGGUCGGAGACUAUCGGAGUGCCCUGACUCUGAAUCAGGUCAUACCGGCUUUCUGAGGAGACGCGAGGAGAAACUGGACUCUGUAAGUGGAGUUAUUGUUUACUCCUUGUCCAAACCGAGGGCGGGUUGGUUCCCUUUUACGCACGAGGCAGCCCGUCGGUGUCAACGCGGAGGGAUUCCGGGCGCAGAGCGCCGCGCACCUGCCGGGCUUGGAAAGCCCCUUCGCGGCAGCGCGGAACAAGAAGAAGAAGAUCUACAGAGGCUGGAAAGUUUGAGGAAGAGCCAGCUGAUGACUCAUGUCAGUUCAAUGAGUCCAGACAAGUGACUGCUGCUGAGUCAAAACGUGUCGAUGUGUGAAUCAGCAGUGAGCCAAUAAGAGGAGAAAUGAAGUGGUAAACAGUCGACCACAAGGCCAUGCACACGCAUCCUCACACGAACGUAUGCGCGUGACAGGGCCUUCAGGGAAUUUCUGAUCUUCAUGACCGGAAAGCAGACUUCAAACACUGAAAGAGAAAGGACAGUUGUGGCGUUUACGCACACAUUUGACUGCUGCUGUGGACUUUGUUCAGUCGAUACUACUGCUGGGGGAGCUGUCCUACUUACCUUGAUCAGAUGUUUUUUUUGUUUUUUUUGUUUUUUUCCUAUUGCUGGUUUCUUUUUUGGUGUGAAAUCCUCCUGUUCUGUGAAAUAACAUACCUCACAUUCCAAGGUGCUUUCAAAUUUUGUGAAUUUCUGUUAUAAAAAUGUAAUAAAUCUUUUGAAAUGAU